AUGGCUAUAAUGUUGAUUUAUUCUAUUUCAAGAAGUUCAAGUUCAAGUACAAGUACAAGUACAAGUACAAGUACAGGUGCAUACAGAAUCCUUAUAACAAUGUACAAGGAUAUAUGUAAUGAAGGAGGUCUUAUUUUGUCAAAAAGAGUAACAUGUAAUAUAAGUUAUAAUGCUAAAGCGCUCGGACUAGAAGUCCAAGAAAUCCAAAAUCUACAAGGAGAAGAAAGCAUUCCAGAUUUUGUUUUGUUUUCUGAGAUCGCUGAUUUUGAUUCCCAAAAUCGAUUCCAAAAAAAUAUAUAUACCAAAAUGAGCAGAGACAAUCUAUAUAACAAUUCUUUAUAUAAAUAUAUUUGCAAGUGUGAAUGUGAAUAUGAAUGUGAAUAUGAAUAUGAAUAUGAGUGUGAGUGUGUAAAAAGACAAAAGGUUAUUUGCGUUUAA